AUGCAGGUCGUCGACAUCUUCAAUAAAAAAGCCAAAGGCGGGCCUUGGCUUGAUCUUAUCGCUUAUGUCCCUGCAAUCGACCUGGACCAGCCUUACACGAAAACUUUUAUCGGUAAGCAGGUUGUACAUCUUAUAGACAAGGGACUGACGCAGGACAAUCAUUACGAUCAUGUAGACCCUCAUUACCUGGUGUUGGUGCCGGUAAAAGAACUGCCUGUCGAUCCAUCACAGAAAGACAUUUAUGCUCCGAUAGGCAGUGAUAUAUUGCGCGAAUGGGCCGAUGAAGGCUCCGGAGUAGAAGUCGGGCUUAUACAGGCUGAUGCAUUCUUCAAGGCCGGCAUUGCCAAAAAAGCACUUGUAAUAGGCACGGAAACGUUGUCACGGGUCAUUGAUAUGUAUGACCGCGAUAGCAUGAUCUUUAGCGAUGGUGCGGGAGCGGCUGUGAUUGAAUACAAAGAAGCCGGGGACACCGAUGCGGGCAUUAAAAGCGCUGCGGUGCAAACCCACACGGUGGAAGAAGUGGAUUACAUCAAUAUGGGAACCUCUUAUUUUCCAGACAGCGAUCCAAGCGUAAGAUAUAUAAAGAUGAAAGGCCGAAAGGUGUAUGAAUACGCGAUGAAACACGUUCCCCAGGCAAUGAAGGAAUGCCUGGAUAAAAGCGGCGCCAGUAUUGAUGAAGUAAGGAAAGUGUUCAUUCACCAGGCAAAUGAAAAGAUGGACGAUGCGAUUAUUCGCCGGUUUUACCAGCUGUAUGGCAAAGCAAAAGCACCGGAGAAUAUUAUGCCAAUGAGCAUUCACUGGCUGGGAAACAGUUCAGUAGCAACUGUGCCGACGCUUUUCGACCUUGUGCGCCAUGGGAAGAUCAGCCCUCACCAAUUGAACCCCGGUGAUGUGAUUAUGUUUGCGUCGGUAGGUGCAGAAUGGGAAAACAUCUAUUCUGUCGAGACAUCCACAUCAGAAACUUUCAAGUACACAGAUGCAGGAGUAUUAGCAGGAGUGAUCACGUACCGGGUAGUGGCUCAUAUGUCAGACGGACCCGCUGUGAUAUCGAAUACAGCCGAUAUAAGGAUAGUAGCUCAUUAA